AUGGGUCGUGCUUCGCGCCCCGAGAGUUCUAGGGCCAGGGAGGCCGCCGCUGCUCAGAAUAGGCGUGAGGAGCGGUUGGCAAGUAACAGCGCUGCCAGUGGCUCCGCUGAUGGGGGAGAUGCGACAGGGGAGGAUACCGAAUCGGCAUGGGUUCUUCCGGAUGGGAUUCCUGUUGACGAGGCGGGAGGGCGGAUGACCGCUUCAAUUCUUCGCCCGGGGUUUGCCGCUGUGCAUGAGGCAAUAUUCCGCCAGGGAGUGACACUACCGCUCGUGCCCAGUCUUCAGAUCUUGGUGUACGAGUUCGGCCUAGCCUUUGGGCAAGUCUGCCCCAACAUGUGGCGAUUGAUGUUGGCGAUGACUUCGCUGUGGCGGUUGUCCGGCUGUGAGGGACCAACCGUGGCGGAGGUGCUGCAUUUCUAUGAGCUGACGUAUGUGAAGCGUCAGGGCUGCGGAGGUCAAGUGAACCUAAGUCGCCGCCAGGGAGCCCCCAAGUUGAUAGAGAACCUGAGGGAUUCUAUGUCGUAUUGGCGGGACACCUUUUGCGUUGCCACGACGGGGUGGGAAUAUCAGGCGGAAUCCAAUGACAAGGAACCGGCGUUUAGGAUUAAGUCAGAGUUCCAACCUAUCCGAGUGGGCUUGCGCUACAACCUGACUCGUGAAGAAGAGUGUCGUGUGGCGCGCAUCCAAGGUUGCUGGCGGAAUCGCAAUUUGUUGGACUUUCGCCUACUUACCGGUUUGGAGCUGUUGGUCGAUCAACGAUUGACUCGCGCCGUUGAGACGCCGCCAGGGGAUGCGGCUCAAAGGACAGUAAUAGAUCCGGUGACGCUGGCGGUGAGCCCAUCCGAGGUUCCGGUGGUGCUGCCAAUGCCGCUGCACUCCCACCUUGGCGCCGACGGCCUACCCGCUGUUCAGACGGGUGCCAAUGUGGGGGGUGGAAAGAAGGGGUCUGGCGCCGCGCCGCAGACAGAGAGAGUGCCCAACGUGCGACGUGGGCCACAGAAGGUGGUGCGGCCGGCGGGGGCUGCCGCUACGGUGGGUCAACAGCAACGGGGGCCAAGGCCUGCGGCCGUGGCCGCUGCAGAAGAGGCGCCUGCGAGUGACCUGGACUCGUUUGCCGCCUAUGCCGAGUUCAUGACUGACACUGAACGGGGAUUUCUCUACCACCUCUGCGAGAUACUGGGGUUUGGUGGUCUGGCGGGGAUUUCCCGCCCAACGGCGAUUGACGGGUCACCCUUCAGUUCAGCUUUUGGUCACCUUUCGGUUGGGCUGCAUGAGAUGUUCAUGGCGGCGCAGAAGCAGCCGGGGGUUGAGCGGCAGCUCAGGGACGAGAUCAGCGGUCUCGAGAGGGAGCUGGGGGACGCCAAGGACAGGCUGGCGGAUGUGGAGCGGCGCCUGACGAAGGCGGAUUGCGACGCCGCGGAUGCUCGCGGCAAGUUGGAAGUGGCAAUCCGGCGGGACGUGGAACGGAACGACCACAUCUCCAGGAUGGAACAAGACAUGUCUCUGCUGCAGGAGCGGGUGGCCGCUAAGGAGAAAAAGAUUGAUAUCCUGCAGCGGGAGUCUGCCGCCAAGCAAGCAGAGGUGACGAAACUGGAGGCUGAGGUAGCUCGCCUGCGGGACGAAGGGACCCGUGCCGCUGCCGCCGCUGUGGAGAAAUUCAAACAGUCGGCGGAGUACAAAAAGGCGAUGACUGAAUCGGCGAAGGCCGGCGCUCUAGCCAACGUGGAGAUGCUGAAGCAGAGGGGCGCCAUUGACUUUGCUAAGGCGUCCCAGCCACCUGUUCUGCCAGUCCAAAAUGCUCCGCCGGUGCAAGCUGCGGUGACGAAACUGGAGGCUGAGGUAGCUCGCCUGCGGGACGAAGGGACCCGUGCCGCUGCCGCCGCUGUGGAGAAAUUCAAACAGUCGGCGGAGUACAAAAAGGCGAUGACUGAAUCGGCGAAGGCCGGCGCUCUAGCCAACGUGGAGAUGCUGAAGCAGAGGGGCGCCAUUGACUUUGCUAAGGCGUCCCAGCCACCUGUUCUGCCAGUCCAAAAUGCUCCGCCGGUGCAAGCUGCGGUUCCUGUCCAGCCUGAAGGUGUUCACUCGGGAAGUGGGGAAAGUGGUGCACAGCCAGCGGAUGGUUCUCAGCAGACUCCUCUGCCUACCCAGUCGGAGGUGUCCCGUGCCGGUUUUCUGGCGGCACACACUCGGCCGGAUGGCACCAUAGAGACUCCAAGUCCUACCGCCAGAGGGUCUGACCAGACAAGCCGCGCACAACCACAGCCGCCUGCGGAAGGUGGAGAUGUUGAAGCCAACCCGAAGAGCUGA